AUGAAGGUCAAACAGGAAGGCGAGGAAAUAGAAUAUGUGGGGCGGGAGAGGAAGGAAUCGACGAAGAGGUGGAAAAAUAAGAUGAGGGCUGACUCGGUGAUUGAUGGAGAGGGCGGCAUGGCACCGUUAGAGGGAAUGGCACCCUUCGAUGAUAUCAAUAAUAUGUCGCCAUUGGAGGAAGGACAUGACCCAGAAGAAAAGCAUGCCACCGUAGAAUCUUCAAAGGACAUACAUGAGAAGGGGCGGCAAUAUUGGGUUGAACGGGGGAAUAAACGGGCGCGUCUCAUUGGUCGUGAUGCCGUAAUUAGACUAUACGUUGGCAAUGUUCCAUACAAUCGUCGUACCUUUGAAGCCCAGAAAGACCUUCUUCGUGCCAAAGUCAAAUACUUCGAAGGCCUUUUCACGCUGAGCCCCGAGCUCAGGCAUAUGAAUCUUCCCGAUAAAGAACCCACUUCCUUUGCUCUGUUUCUCGACUGGAUUCACGACGGGGCGUACGCACCUUUGGCCAUCGAAGAGGGCCUUAUCCCCUUUCGGACUCGCAUCAUCCUGUAUUGUCUCGCAGAUGAAUACGAACUCCAAGAACUAAUGGAUUACACCAUGACCGUUCUCAUCACAAAUUGUGCAAUGCACGAUGAAUUGACGUUCGACGAAGAAUACGCACAUUUGAUCUAUCUGGAUACGGAUGACGGUUCCAAACUUCGUUUGUUCGUGUCACGCUCAUUGGCGAUUAGCCUUUUAGCCAUGAGAGAUUUUUCAGAGAAACAGGCCUGGAUGAUGGUAUCUGGUCAUCCGGAAUUGUGGAGCGAUGUGUCGAAUUGGAUGGAUGUUAUUAGACAAGGGAGCUUCGUGCCUCCGUCGGAUGAUUUCUCAUCGCCUCAACCGGUGGCGCCUUCAAAGUGUAUUUUUCACAUCCAUGAUGUGGGAGCCGCAUGUGCAUUCAUGGGUGAUAUUUUUUAA